AUGAAUUUAUUAUUCGGAUGGAGAAAUAUCCAGAAGACAAGGAAUUCUAAUAAACCCCAAACUCAUACUUCAGUUGAUCUUUCCUGGAGUAAGUCGUCGGGUGGUCGUCUUAAAUGCAACAUUGACGCUUAUUUUUCUAACAAUAAAGUGGGUAUUGGUGCUUGUAUUAGAUACAACAAAGUUUUAUUUAUUGCAUCCAGGACGGAGUGGUUCUCUCAUAUCACUGAAGUUGCAAUUUGGGAAGCUAUGGGAAUACUUUCUUCUAUCAAAUGGGUGCAUGCGCUUGGUUAUGAUAGUGUGGAUUUUGAAUUGGAUGCUAAAAACAUUGUGGAUAAUGUGAAUAGAAGUCAUCCUAACAAUACGGAUUUUGGUGCUAUUACUUUUGAAUGUAAGCUUUUACUAGUAUCUUUGUCUAGGAACUUUCAUGUUAAGUUCAUUAGGAGACAAGCUAAUGAAGUUGCUCAUGUCUUGGCUCGGGCGGCUACAUGUUUUGAUAGUUUUCAAGUUUUUACCGAUGUACCAAUAUGUAUACAUUUUCUUAUUGCUAAUGAAAUGAAGUAA